AUACCUCGAGACCAUAUCAUUUUCCUACUGAAGCGGCGUUCAACGACAAAGCAUCUCAGGCGCCCUCAAUGGCCGAGUACGAGGUUGAUGAUCUGCUGAGCCAUUCUCUUUGCACCACCAAGCCAAUCGAGCAAGAGUCCUUUGCGGAUCAAGACUUGAGAAAUCAUCUGGAAUCAGUCCACGGCACCAGCUGGGCUGGAGAGACGAAACUACAGGAUCAGUGGCGUAACGGGUACAUCACGACCCCGGAUCAAUUUUUGGAGCCUUGGGAUGGAAGGGAUGACGGCGCAUACAAAAAUGCAACAUAUGAGGUAUACGAGAUACCCGGGAGCGGUGAUCAGAAGUGCAUUCCCGAGGCCAAGCAUAAGGAGAACGGAGAAGACUCUCAGCAAACCCUCAGCGUCAAAAGCGUCUGGAAUACCCUCAAGGAGGUGAACAAAAACGGGGAGGUGGUCGGAAGAAUAACUAUUCUUCAAGAGGUUCCCCCUCUUGUACUCGGAGCAGUCCACAUGACCAUGCAAAAACACUUCGACAUGGAUGAGCUAUUCCAACACCUCAUUUCGAAUGAAGGAAACAGCGGGAAGACCAAAGCUUACAUGGAUCGAACUACCGAAUCAAACCCUUUAAGGCAACGGACUUUCUUCUUCGUCUUCAAGUACUAUACUGUUGUCAAUAAGAACAAGUGCACUCCUGCACCGUGGCAACGUUAUGAUACCCGUCCAGCUGACCGAAAAUGGCCCGACCAUGUCGACAUCGCAGAGUGCAGCUCAAUCUUGGCAUUAUCCCUGGGCGGCGAUCCGAUCAAAAAAUACCGGGCAAGGGUGAAGAAAAGAGAUAUCAAGGACCAUGUGAUUUUUGACACUUCGGCGCCAUGGCAACUCCUCAGUAUCCAGUGCUUUCCAGACGACGAGCACACGAUGAGAAGCAAGGGGUCAAAUCGGCCGUUAUGCAAUGGCCCGUUUGCAUUUCUGGAUAGCUUGGCUCUGGAGUACCAUGAUGCUGUUACAAGAUACAGUCAGAUCAACGACGAGGUGACGAAGUUGAUCACACCGCCGAGCGAAUUUAUGUUUAACUCCCAGCUUCGCGACGGCCUCCUCUUUGAAGACGAAAACUUCUCGUAUUCCCGUCGUUACUUUUGGGCGUACAACACUCUCGGUGUGAUCAAUGUAGGGAUUGACUCGAUGGUGUCAGCCUACAAGGAGACUUUUACCCAAGAGUUUUGGGACGGGAAGCAUGAGAAGCUUUGGGCACACCCAAAUCCGGACUUGGAUGAUGGUAAAGCUUAUGCUAAAUGCAUGGGAGUUCUCAGACAGGAGUUGGACAGGGAAGUGAAUAACCUGGAGAAGGUGCGGAAGAAGAAUGAGAAAACACGAGAGGAGAUUUCGUCGCUGAGGGAGCAGCUCUUUAGCGGGAGCAGCGUCAAGGAGUCCAGGAGGGCCAUUGAGCAGGGAGACAACAUCAAGAUCCUUACUGUGGUAUCGAUGCUCUUUCUGCCUUUGACGUUUGUUACUGUGAGUUAA